CAUAGCACUUAGCAGAGUCAAAGCAUCAUAAUCAAAACUCAAAUGUCAUCUUUCAGAAAAAUAACGUUUUAUACUUUUAUACAGAGAUAACUUUUAAACAUCUCUUAACUAGUUAUUUUUAUUUUAUUUUCUCGUAAAGGUCGUGUAUAAAUAUAUCAAUUUUGAUCAUGGAUAAUUCUGAAACGGAGACUAGGACAUUAGAGGGUUGGGCUAAAGAGGAGAAAUUUCAAUUAUUACAAGCCUUAAAUGAGUAUGGGUGCACCGAUGUAGAUAAUAUUCAAAGUUUUUUAAGCUAUAAAACUCGAGAAGAAGUUGAAACAGCAAUAAAUUUUUACAAUCGUAAAGCAUUGCAGAAUCCUGCGGUCAUAAGUAAGAGAAAGAAACGAAGGGCUAAUUCAUCUAUAAUACCCAUCGCAAAUUGGGCGAAAUUACUAACGGACACAAAAUCUUUUGAAGAAUUAAAUACUGAAAUAGCUCUUGCAUUGCGUUUAAUUGCUGAGUUUGAAGAUAAACCGCCAGUGGUUUGUACCGAUAAAAUUGAUUUUAAAGCUGCUUACAGUUGUUUGGCAAAUGCCUUGGAGGGAAAACCAUUGCCAGACAAUAUAUUUAUUAAAGCUAUCUUUGAAAAAUGCCUCUAUGAUAUUGCUGUUGCAAGUAAGUCUUUUCUCAAGCCCCAGACACUCAAAAAAAUAAUAAGUGAUAUUAAUAUCACUGACCAUGGGAUUAAAAUUAAUUCACAAGUUACAAAUACUACUGAGUUUACUACAAUUAAAUACUUAGCUAGUCAAGGACAGUAUAAUCCACUUAAUAUAGAGGAGGAGUAUUUAAAAUCUACAUAACACAUCAUGAUUAUGAUUAUAUGUUAGGGGUAUAGCAAUUAAAAGGAUUAUGAUUGUAUGUUUGGGGUAUAGAUUUUUCACUUUAAUUUUAUUCGCAUGAUAUUAAAGGUUUCCUUAUCUACACACCAAGCUGAGUUUUCUUGAUGAUUGUCUCAACUAGGUAUAAACCUGUUCCAGAGUUCCAGAAUUAAGUAAAUAGUAUUGAAAGAGUUACAGCAUGAAUUUUCUUGUUAUCUUCUAGAUUUCAUGAAAAAUAAGAGAUUACCAUUGUGAACAUUUUAUUAUGAUAAACAAUAAAUGUUUUUUUACA